CAAUCUCCUCGGCUCCUGCAACUUUUUAUUUUUUAUUUUUACACCAAGUAGUAAUAACAGUCUGACCACUAAAAUACAAAAUGAAGAAGCACUUCUUAGCUUUCUGCUUCUUCUUUUGUUUCUUUGUCACACAAACAACUUCUUCUUCUUCUUCUUCUUCUUCUUCUUCUUCUUCUGUAAAAGACAAGAAGCUGGCUGAGUUCCAAGCAAAAAUCCAAAAUAUUUCUCCCCCUAGUUUGCCUCCUGCAGCUUCAGACACCAAAAGGAAUGGGAGAGUUUUUUACCCUAUUGGAUAUGGAGCAGACCCAACUGGAGUACAAGAGUGUAGUGAUGCUUUUCUUCAAGUUAUGGAUGAAGCUUUUCAGGUGCAGAAAGGCCAGGAAAUGCUGCCUGGAGUCAAUGACUUGGGUGGUCUUGUUAUUGACUUGCAAGGUGGAAACUACAAAGUCAGCAAGCCCAUCAGGUUUCCUCCUUCUGGUGGAGGCAACAUUGUGGUAAAAGGAGGAACUCUACGUGCAUCAACAACUUUUCCAAGUGAUCGCCAUCUCAUUGAGCUAUGGUCACCAAAUUCCCAAGUGAAAAAAAGCUCCAUAAACCAUCAAAAUCCUGAUCUUUUCACCAUGAAAUCACAAUCAUUCGGAAACUACUACGAAGACAUAACCUUUCAUGACAUCCUCUUCGAUUCGAGUUACCAGGGAGGAGGAAUUUUCAUCGUAGAUUCGGUCCGAAUCCGCAUCAACAAUUGCUUCUUCCUCCACUUCUCCUCCCAGGGAAUCUCAGUCCAAAAAGGCCAUGAAAUCUACAUCUCAAAUUGCUUCCUGGGGCAACACCCCUCAGUCGGCGGCGACAAAAUUGAGAAGGAUUAUUCCGGCACCGCCAUUGUGCUGGCCAGCAACGAUAAUGCCAUAACCGACGUUGCAAUUUUCUCAGCUGCCAUUGGAGUUUUAUUAACUGGACAAGCUAAUAUUCUCACCGGGGUCCAUUGCUAUAAUAAAGCCACAGGAUUUGGAGGUGUAGGAGUUUUGAUUAAGCAAUCCGGAGCUCAAUUAACAAGAGUUGAUAAUUGUUACUUCGAUUACACAGCAAUUGUGAUUGAAGAUCCUGUGCAAGUCCAUGUAACAAAUGGACUUUUCUUAGGGGAUGCAAACGUUGUUUUAAAAUCAAUUAAGGGUAGAAUUUCGGGGCUAAAUAUUGUGGACAAUAUGUUCAAUGGCAGCCCUAGUAAAAAUGUUCCAAUUGUGAAAUUGGAUGGAGGGUUUAGCAGCAUUAACCAAGUGGUGAUCGACCGGAACAAUGUGAACGGAAUGAAGUUAAAGUCGACGGUUGGGAAAAUGUCGGUCACCGGAAAUGGGACGAAAUGGGUGGCUGAUUUCUCUUCAAUUUUGUUGUUCCCUAACAAGAUCUGUCAUUUUCAGUAUUCAUUUUACAUGAGAGGGGUGGCUGCAGGGUUUGUGACACAUGCUGUGACAAAUAUUUCUAGUAAUGUGGUGGUUGUGGAAAGUGAUAAGGCUGUUAAUGGGGUGGUUGCUGUGGCUGUUGAUCAGAAUAACAUGGUGAGAGAGAGUAUUUUUUUCUAAUUGUUAAGCGAAAAAUUAAA